GUUUGUUAGUCUGUGUCCUGUAAUUAAUAGAAUAAUCUGCGAUUCUGAAAAACUGAAGGUAAGUACGUAUUUUAAUUAUGUUUAACUGUAAUAAUUGUAAAUUUAAGUGCAGUAAUGUCGAGAAAUACGAUUUGCAUCAGUACUUGCAUAGAAAUAAAAAGGGCGCGCAAUUCUUUUGCAUUCGCCAUCAGUGCAAUAGAUUAGCUUUUAAAACAUGUUCUGGAUUUAGACAACAUAUCUUUCGACAUCACAGACAAUUAAACCCCAAAAGUAGUGAAAUUAGGGUAAAAUGUAACGUUAAAAAUUGCAUUUUUAUUGCUACUAAUAAAAAGGAAUUGUGUGCUCAUAUGCGCUCUCACAUUAGAGAAAACGUUCCUAUAACAUGUCCAUUUAUUUCUUGUGCCAGUUGCAAAACUGUUUACAAAAAUGUUCCAUCGUUUAAGACCCAUGUGAUGAGGAAACACUUUGAUUUUGCAGGCAUUCAUAAAUUCGGAUUUAACGUGACUAACGAAAUAGAUUGCAACCUACCAUCUGGUUCUGAAGAAUAUGUGCUCGAUAGCGAGCAAACUGAAAAUGUUAACGAUUUACAUUCUCUAAACUCAAAAAAAGACUUGGAAGAAAUUGGAGUUAAAUAUUUGGCCGAUUUAUAUCUAACCUUGGAAUCAAGUCACUUUCUUUGCCAAAAUUCUCUCACAAAAAUCAUACGAGGUUUUUCUGAUUUUGAGAAUUUAAAUCAUGAUUACAUGUUAGCAAAAUUAAGAGAACUCGAUAACGAAAGCAGGUUAAAUUACGAAAAUGUAGCAAGUUUAUUGAAAGAUAGUUUGUUUGGGGUCGCUCAUAAUAAAGUGAGCGGUUCUUUGCGGACAACUUACAUGCGACACAAUUUUUAUAAAAAAGAAUUUCAGUUUGUAGAACCCCUCAAAAUAGAUUUAGGCGUAGUCGAAGAAAAAGAUGCAUUUUUUUACUACGUUCCAAUACAUGAAACUUUAAAAUCACUCUUAAAUGACCCAAAUGUAAAUAGUCAAUGCUUUUCUGCGCCGCACGUUUCUUCCGACGGUGUGUAUAGAGAUUAUUAUGACGGAAUCUGCUGUAAAGAUAACACUUUUUUCUCAAGAAAUAAACAUUCUCUUAAAAUAAUUUUAUAUCAAGAUUCGUUUGAAAUUUGUAAUCCUUUGGGCAGUGCUCGCAAUAAAUAUAAAAUCACAGGAAUUUAUAUGACCCUUGCAAAUUUGUAUCCAUGGAAUAGAACACGAACUGAACAGAUACAAUUAAUUGCUUUGUGUUUUGAUAAACAUAUAAAACACUUUGGUUUUGGUACUAUUCUUCGUCCCUUGAUCAAUGACUUAAAAAUUUUGGAAGAAGAAGGGUUAAGAAUUAAUGAAAAUGUAAUAGUCAAAGGAAGCAUACUUUGUACCGUCGGCGAUAAUCUAGGGAGUCACCAAAUUGGAGGAUUUUUGGAAACCUUCAACGUAGAAAUGUUUUUUUGUAGGUUUUGUAAAAUUCAAAAUUUUAAUGGGUCAACUUAUUUUGGUAAUUUGCGUACUGUGCAAUCAUAUGACCAUGAUGUUAAUAUGGCUUUAACAAUCAAUAACCAUUUUGAAGGAAUUAAGCAUAACUCUCCUUUAAAUGAAUUAAACUAUUUUCACGUUGCUCUUCCUGGGUUACCCCCUUGUUUAGCACAUGAUUUAGUGGAAGGAGUAAUCGCCCGUGAUUUAAUGUUAGCAAUUAAUUAUUUUGUCCAAAAAAAGUACUUCUCCUAUGAAUACUUAAAUUUUAAACUCAGGACGAUUAAUUUUUUAUUUGAAAAGAAACAAUCGGUCCCUGUAAUUAAAAAAAGCCGAUAAGUUAUCGGGGACGGCUUCACAAUUAAUGUAUAUAAAUAAUGUUCUACCAUUUAUCUUGCUUGAAAAAAUACCGUUAAUUAAAUCUAAUGAACACGGGAAAGAAAUGUGGCAAAUGAUUUUAUGUUUACGAAAAAUUUUGAACAUAAUGUUGGCGGUUGAGGUAUCCGAAGACCAAGUUGCGGUUUUGAAAGAUCUUCUCCUGGUAUACAUAGAUUUAAGGAAACAGCUUUUUCCUGAAAUAAAGCUUACACCAAAACAUCAUUAUAUUUUGCACUAUCCUCAUUUAAUUAAAAUGUGGGGUCCGCUUAGGUUAUUAUGGACAUUAAGAUUUGAAAGUAAGCAUAAAUAUUUUAAAGAUGCUUUAAGGCGAUCACCGAAUUUUAAGAAUGUUUUGAUAUAUCUUACAACUAAGCACCAAUUCUUACAAGCUCUGAAUUCGGAAAAUAAAAUCCUCUAUUGUAAUAAAGUUAUAGCUGAAAACUUAGAAAUUUUCAACCCAGUCAACUAUCCUCCCGAGAUGUUAAAUUUGAUAUCAAGUAGAUAUAUGUUGAGUACUUUCAGAUUUGUAGCCGAAGAAAUAACUCAUAGGGGUACAUUUUAUAAAAAAAAUAUGCUAAUUUGUCACGAUAAAGAUGAAUUUGGUAUUUUCCAUCUGUGCGAAAUUAAGUACAUUUUAAUUACAGAGAGUAUGGAAAACUUGUGGUUUGUUGGAAAAAAUGUUGAAAUUUAUUAUGAUAUGAGUACCGGUUUAUACGAAGAGCUACAAAUCGAACACUCCCGAAGUACUGAUGUAGAUGUUUGUAUAUCUUUUGAAGAAAUAUUAUCUUUUGAAACUGUUUUAAAAUGUAAAUUGAACGAAAAGUACUUGUAUUAUUUUAAAUCGGCACCUUUAGAAAAAUUCUAAAUCAAAAACUCUAAACUUUAAAAUAGUAAAUCCUAUUAUUUAAUAAUAUGCCCCCCUAUUUCUUUCUAUUAUAAAUAUGAUAUUUUGUUUGGACCUCACUUCUCACUUACUUGCACUGCUAAUCCUAAAAUCUCAAGAAACAUAACUCUCUAAUGCUAUGUAUUAUGCGUUUAAAUUUAUUUAACGAGCAAAACACAAAGAAGUUGUGCUCACAUGUUAAAUAAAUUUGAAUGCCUUUUUGCUCAGAAUAACCAUGGCGGCGAAAAAGAUCUACACCGUAUGGUCCCGAGAUAGAGAGAGGAAAACUUUAAUUUUGAUCGAUGAAAAUGACGUGGAUAUGUACAAAACCUUAAUUUUAAAGGCAUCCCAAAAGCUACAAGUUGACGGUUCAUCGUUAGCUUUGGAAUCUAACGGCACGCCAAUCGAUUCAGAAGUUCUACCGUACCUUAACCAGAUGGAUAUAUUGAUGUUAUUGGAAAAGAGUGAGACCUGGAAAUCAACC